ACAAAAAUUUAUUAUAUGCUGUCGCACAAAGACACUGUUUUCACGGAUAAAACUUAAAAAAGAAUUGGACAAAGAUGAUUAAUCUCUCAAGAACCAUUAGAGCAAAACAAUAAGUAAUUACAAAACAUUGUUAAUAAUAUUAAAAUAAAAAUGUAUAUAUUAAAGACAAAUGCAGUCAACUAUUCUUAUGAAGAAUUUGUUUUCUUCUGUUUGGCAAAAAUAUUUGAUAUUUCAAGUUGGAGUUAUUAUUUAUGUCAUCAUUUUACAUAGAAGUUGUAGAAUUAGCUAGGUAGCUCCAAUGGCUUCUUUGUCAACUCUCACAAACCCCAUCUCAGAAACUUGUUUUUUCCUACCAAAAUCAUGUGAUUUGGGAUUUUCAAGAUCAAAGAUUGCACCUUUUGCAAGAUCCAAUAUUUUCAAGAAUUCAAAUGUUUCAUCUGAAGGACAAUGUAGUUCAACCUUUGAUGUUCCACUUCUUUCUUGUUCAGAGGUUACUGAGAGGAUGAGAACAAGUCGAGAAAGUCACAAGGCCAAGCAGCUUUAUUUGGCAAUGUACUCUAGCGUUUCUGGUGGAAUCACAAUCGAUCCAGCUGCCAUGGUGAUCCCCAUGGAUGAUCACAUGGUUCAUAGAGGACAUGGUGUCUUUGAUACUGCUGCCAUUGUGAAUGGAUACCUUUAUGAGCUGGACCAACACCUUGAUCGUUUUGUGGGAUCUGCAACCAUGGCCAAAAUACAAAUUCCUUUCGAUAGGGAAAGCAUUAGACAGAUUCUCAUCCGUACAGUAAGUGUUUCCGAAUGCAAAAAUGGUUCUCUAAGAUACUGGGUUUCAGCAGGACCUGGUGAUUUUCAACUAUCUCCAUCCGGCUGUCAUCGAGCAGCUCUUUAUGCCAUUGUAAUUAAAGAUCAGUCGCCUCCUGAUCACAGUGGCAUCAGAGUUGUAACUUCAUCCAUCCCGAUAAAACCCCCGCAGUUUGCUGUCAUGAAAAGUGUUAAUUAUCUUCCGAAUGUACUUUCCAAGAUGGAAGCAGAAGAAAAUGAUGCAUAUGCAGCAAUUUGGUUGGAUAGUGAUGGCUUAGUCGCAGAAGGGCCGAACAUGAAUGUCGCUUUUGUUACAAAGGAAAAGGAACUUCUGAUGCCUUGUUUUGACAAAAUUCUCGGUGGCUGUACAGCUAAAAGAGUUGCAGUUCUUGCAGCAAAUCUUGUAAAGGAAGGUAAACUUCGGGGCAUUAGAGUAGAAAAUGUGUCUGUAGAGGACGGGAAAAGAGCAGACGAGAUGAUGCUAAUCGGCAGUGGGGUUCAUGUACGCUCGGUGGUGCAAUGGGAUGAAGAAGUCAUCGGUAAUGGUAGAGAAGGUCCUGUGACACAAGCUCUGCUAAAUCUUCUCUUGGAGGAUAUGAAGUCAGGGCCACCCACGGUGCGAGUUCAUGUUCCCUACUGAAGUGGAUCAUUGCUGGAGGCCGAACCCAGUAGCUUUUGCUCAAACAGUAUAAUCCAUAAACACACAUUUCGUUGCAACGGUUAUCGGAGGUUCAAGAUUGAACCAUCUCACUCAUCAAGUCUUGUAGGAAUUAGGAAAUAAUCUUUCUUAUGCUCUUCAUAAGAAUGAUAAAGUUGUAUUAGUGAACUUCUCUGUAUUUGUUAAAACAUUAUGUAGAUAUCAAUGAAAUGUAUUUAAUUUAUACAAAUCAUAAAUAUGCAAAUUUCUUUCCAUC